UUUGUAAUUACCGGUCAGUUGUAUUAUAAAAAUCAACCAGUGUCUCAAGACGAACUGACCACAUUGAACGAAACUGUGGUGCGAACUGAUUUACAACAAUUGAAACUGCCCGACAAAAUCCUCGAGGCGUUCUACCGCAGCCCCAAGCUGACGUUCAAGUCUAUCGAUAUUAGCAAAACCGAUGGCAGGACCAAAUUGCGUUUCGGUUUUCCCAAACGUUUCUUUGACACCAAUGAGAUCGAUCCGAGUUGCAAUUUGCACGAAAUGUUGCAAUGGGGAUUCGCGAACGCGGUGAAUACCAAAGGAUACCACUUCGGAUCAAUAAUCACGAUUCAAACUCCGGACGUGAUCCAAUUCAUAGCCAUGGUUCGAGAGCGUUGGUCACUUGACAAGUCCUGUGAGGAUCAGACCCAGAUAUGUGAGGCGUACCGGGACGAAGUCCGACGUUUGAUCACAACGGCUUUGUAUCCGGUGAAGUUCGACGAUUCCUCAUUCACCUUGACUGCCCUUCCAACAACCCGAACAGAACGUCGUCGACGAAUCGCUAUUCACCUGGAGCUGGACAACACAGACAGCUUUGCACCUCAUUUUGAUUCGACCUGUCCAACUUUGAUUUGGAGCUUGAAUGAGGCAUUUGUGCAGUUGAUUAACGUUGAGAAAACUGGUGUUUUUAUAGAGGAACUAAUCAGUCUUACCAAUUCCACUACAACGAUUCAGGUGAGUGGAACCUUGAAACACAAAGGGAUGGCUGUGGCAGCAAAUACUUGGAAACAGAAGAACACUUGUACGGUGAUGAAACAAUUGGCCAAUCUGAAAGUGAACGGUUCUGUAUUCCAAAUCAUGUACACCUACGGGCUAAAACGCGUGACCAAUUUCCAAAUUGUUCCGGACGGAGAUACGCUAAAAGUGCAAUACGUAUUACGUUAUCCCAAAUCAUUUUUCGUCGAUAGCAAGAUAAAUCCGAACUGCGAUUUUGUCAAUCAAAUCGAAUGGGCCUUGAAACACACCACGGGAUUCACAGGAUAUCAUUUGGGUGAAGAUAUCGGCGUGAAAAGUGAUAUGGAAACUCUGACUCAACCAUUCGAAAUUGAGGUGCUCACAAAAAGUACGCUGAAAGGGACCACGUGCACCAAUCCCUUGCAACCUUGCACUCCAUACCGAGCAAAACUGUGCGAAAUUAUUCAAGGAGCAUUUGCAUGCGAAUUGGUCCCACCGGAUACAAAGGCCUGCCAGGUCUACUUCAUUCCCGAUCCGUCUUAUGGUCUCAGAGCCGAGGUCACUUUACAAUUGAGUCAAGGCAAUCUUGGAUUGUAUCCGAUCGAUAUAAACUGUCCGACAUAUGGUGCCAUUUUUAAGAAAACAUUUACGGAUUUAUACGGUGAUACAGGUGUGACAAUUGUCUCAUUUCCUGGUCAGCUAAACUCAACGGGUGAGUGUUUCCGGGAAAUGCCCGACGCAAUUUUGACCAUGGUUUACACGUAUGGAACAAAAGAGAUCAUGGAUUUAGCAGAUGCACAGGGCAAGGUCAAUUUCAAGGUCAGCUAUCCGAAGAGCUAUUUCGUAAACUCUGGCAUUGAUCCGACGUGCAAUCUGGCUGAGAUGCUCCAGUGGGGAUUCCGAAACACCCAGAACGUUAAGAGUUACCAUCUCGGGAAAGACGCCACUGUCACACGUAUGAACGGCAAACUUAUAUAA